GCGCAACUUCUAGCGCGGGAAAUUCAGUUUCAAAUAGUAAAACCGGGAAGACGCUUGAGCAGAAGCUAAGAAGUUUUUUACCAUCACCGUAGUUUGCCUUAGUUCUGUCUCCUGGUUUGCUUGUAGUUUGUCUUUAGUCCAUUUUAAUAAUUUUCGGAGCUUUCUGAUUUUCUUCCAACAUGCCUGCUCUAGAAGUGACGGAUGCCUCUGCAAUCUCUCCAUCAAAGAGACCAAGGACAGAAACAAAGCCUGCAGUAGAAAGACCUGUCCUCAGAUUUGCAAAACUGUCUGAGCAUGCAACGAAACCAACCAGAGGAUCAUCAAAAGCAGCAGGAUAUGACCUCUACAGUGCUUAUGACUACUCCAUUGGUCCUCUGGAUAAGGCCAUUGUAAAGACCGACAUCCAGAUAGCAGUUCCCCAUGGCUGCUAUGGGAGAGUGGCACCGAGGUCUGGUCUGGCAGUGAAAAACUUUAUUGAUGUUGGUGCUGGGGUUGUAGAUGAAGACUAUAGAGGAAAUGUUGGAGUUGUGCUCUUUAACUUCAGCAAGGAAACAUUUGAGGUGAAAAAAGGCGACAGAAUUGCUCAGCUGGUUUGUGAGCGGAUCUGCUACCCAGAUCUGGAGGAGCUUGAGACACUUGAUGAGACCGAGCGUGGUGCUGGAGGUUUUGGAUCAACUGGAAGAAACUAAAAGUCCAUUUUGUUGUGUUGUAUAUGUUGAAAAUAUAUUGAUCAAUUUAAAUAAAGUUAAUUGUUUUGUA